AUGAAGCUCUCAACAGUACUCUCCGGCCUCUCUGUCGUGGCUGGCACGGCCAACGCAGCCAUCCAGGGGUUCAACUACGGGGCCUUCUUUAACAACCAAGCCGCCAAGCAACAGGUUGAUUUCGCGUACGAGUUCAACAAGGCCAAGAACCUGCCCAACCAGUCCGGGUGGAACGCCGCACGGCUGUACACGAUGGUACAGUGGGGGACGGCAAGCGACGUGGUGUCGGCCAUCCCGGCGGCCAUCAACUCGCAGACGAAGCUUCUGCUGGGCCUGUGGACGUCGGGAGGCAGCUUCCAGAACGAGAUCAAGGCGCUGCAGACGGCCAUCAACCAGUACGGCACCGCCUUCACCGACCUCGUGGUCGGCAUCUCGGUCGGAAGUGAGGACCUUUACAGGCAGUCUUCGGGGGAGGUCGGCAUCGGGCCGGACGAGCUGGUGGGCUACAUCAACCAGGUUCGCAGCACGAUCGCGGGCACUCCGCUGCAGGGCAAGCCGAUCGGGCACGUCGACACUUGGAACAUGUGGCUGGACGGGGCGAACAGCAAGGUGAUUGCGGCGCUCGACUUCGUUGGCAUGGACGCCUAUCCGUAUUUCCAGGCGGCCUUCGACAAUCGGAUCGAGAACGCGGCCUCGCUGUUCUGGAGCGCGUACGACCAGACCAAGGCGGCGUCGCAGGGCAAGGAGGUGUGGGUGACGGAGACGGGUUGGCCGGUCAGCGGCGAUACCGUCAACGGCGCGGUGCCCAGCGCGCAGAACGCGCAGACCUUCUGGAAGCAGGUGGCGUGCGGGCUCAUCUCGAGGAACAUCAACACCUUCUGGUACGACCUGCAGGAGAGCCAGUGGGGCCAGGCGAACCCUGACUUUGGCAUCUACGGGGCGGGCGACCUGGGCGCCCUCUCGCCACAGUUCGACCUGUCCUGCUAA